AAUCGUUCAUUCAGCUCAUUUACUCUCCUCGUUCAACCUCGACGGCGUCAUGACAACCACCGAUUGGGAUUACGGACCCAGGAAGUAGUGUCUUGUAAGGGGUUCAACCUCCUCCAUUCGUCAUGGCCCACUCCAAUUUCGAGGGCCUGGCCUUAUUAUGGGGCGAUAUCGAGAGCCAAAGCCAGAGCGCCUCCCCGGAUUUGUCGGUAUUGGCGGGUCGUUGGCUGGCUUUAGGCGAGUUUUUGAGCCAUGGAUCGAUCGAUAAAGUUCAUCGCCAAUGGCUGAUCGAAAAGGUGUGGAGCGAGUUGGUUCUCAAUUUUUUGCUCAAAAGCGUGUUGAAGAAAGAAGCGACCGAGGUACAUGUGGCGGCUUUGGGUGUCAUGACCGAGUUUUUGCUUGCCCAACCCUUAAGUGGGGAUCAAGCCGAGUUAAGCCAACGCUACGCUUUGUUCUUGGUCAGCUCCGCCCCUUCCUCGCGGUCGCGGGUCAGCGGAUUAGCUUUGUUGAAAGCUCUCAUCCGUGUAUGUUCGGGACCGGAUUGGUCGAAUCGUCUCAAAGUCUCGGCCACUAUUCAAAAGCUCCUGACCAUUUUGAGUCAAGGGCCGAGUAAGACCCCGUCCAAUCUGAUUAAACAUCUCAACAUCACAUUGGGCGCCUUUUGUCGCUCACAUACUGCCGAAUUGUCGCAUUUCCAGGAUUCUCUUCUGCACAAUCUUCUGGAACAAUUGCGCCGUCAAACCGGAAGUACAGUACGUUCACCUGAUUUGACCGUCAUUGAAGGUGCUUUGCUUGGUUUAGAUGAUUACUUGACGGCCUUUGGCUUGUCUUCCUCGGAACAAACGGCCGAGUAUGAACAAUUAUAUGACUGUCUACGACGGGUAUGUCCUAAGGGCGACGACGAGAAAAGAUGGACUGCUCGACGAGCGGGAGUUCAGUUGAUUGGGCAUCAUUGCCAAGUGUUCCAUGCUUAUGUGACCGAAGACAUUGAAUUCUGGUAUGAUGAGCUCUACCGUUGGGCCUUUGCCCGCAAUCGGGAUGAUCACCGGGUGGGUUACCCUGCUAUAUUGAGCCUUUUACAAGUGGUGGGUGACCAUUUGACGCUGGAGCCCAAUUUGCGGUGCAUUAAUUUCUUGCUAGACAAAUUCAAAACAAUCUUGCGGCAAAAGGAUUACUCGCAUGGCAAGGUCACCGCCUUUGCUAUCCAAGGUUACGGACAUUUAGCCCGAGCAUGCCAAAAGAUACUGUCCAAAGAAGAUGUUCGCAAGAUGUUGUUCGAGCUUAUUCGAAGAACGGAAGAGGUGUUUUUUAAUCCCUCUAUGCAACCUGUCGAAGUGGAAGAACGAUACGUUCACCUUCCUAGUUACGUGGAUGCUUUAAGUCAUAUUGUCUUGGUCACCACAGACCCUCCUCCUUCUUGUCAAGUGCUUUUUGAGAAAAUUGUGGUUUACUUAAUCAAACAAUACCCCAAGAUCCCCAAGCCUUUCCAAAAGUUUGCUGAGCAAUCCGUGACUAAGGCUUUUGAGGUGGUUCGUCUGCCAAGCACAGAUGGUGAUGACGAUUUCUUGUCCGAAAUCAUUUUUCGGGGUAUUUUAGAAAGCUGCUCGUAUCCGGUGGUGACUAAACUAGAUGAAACCCUAAUCAACGGAGCACCUCCAACGUCCGUAAGCUCCUUUAAAACAUUGUGGAUCCAUCUAGUGUCUGAAAAGGGUUCCAAAAUCUCUCAGGUCAUAUAUGACCACUUUGUGAAGUGUGCCUUGAAAAUAUUCUUGAAACUUGAUCUUUCAUUUGCCUCGUUGAAAGAUGAUCUUUCCGAAAAAGAUGAUCUGGAAAAUCCCAUGGAACCUGAUCCCCAUAGUGUUGAACCUGCUCCUAAGUCUAUAAAAGAUAUUACUGUUUUGGCUAAUCUUGUCACACUCAUGACAAGCACAUUAAACUCCACCAAUCCAAAGAGGUUCUUGCCUUGGUGUGAGGAAGUCCUGUCACAAGUCAUUGCUCUGUCAUUGAAGAACCCGGAAAUCAGUUCAGUGUACCGAUGUCUAAGCCUUACAAUUUCUUUGGGUAGCCAAAGUGGAUUAUUUCAGAUGUCUUUCUCCGAUCAAUUGAAAGAGUCUCUGACCAAGUUUUGUUGGCAAUUGUGCUCGUUCAUCCCCAAUUACGAAGAUGAGUUACUAGACUCGUGCCUUGAGCUCAUCAUCGCUUUACCUGCAGCCGUGGUAGCUUCUCUUCAAGGAAAACUUCAAUAUCCAUUACGUCUGAUGUUUGGGAUUGCCAAGACCGACCUUGCAUUGAUCGAAAAGGCAAUCCAGUCCUUCGAAAUGUGGCUUAAGGAACUGGGAAAGGAAGAAACGUCUAUGAUGUUCCGGCCUUUGAUUGUGAGUCUCAACAAAUUUCUCGUCGAGAACAGGUUGGAGACCUUCAGUGGCGAUGCGUUGAAUGGUGAAAUCAAAGGCUUUACCACCAAAUCGAAGGCUAAGCAGAAAUUCAAGAAAUUACCAGAUGGUUUGGACAUUGGAUCGGAUACGCAACUCCAAAGACUUCAAAAAAAGAUUCUCCUCUUCAUGGGCAAAUUGAAUUCAGAGACACUGCAAUGUCUUCUUCCUGAUAAACUAGAAGUCGGCUCAAAAGUUGUCCGUUGGAACGAAGGCCAAGUCUUGCCCUUUUCAAUUCCAUUUCCCGAUCAACGGGUGGACAUAUUCCUUGAUGAUUUUUUCCCCCGAGUCCUGAAUUUGGCUUUGGAUGCAAGCUCAAGGAAAACUCGGGUUGCUGCGAGUGAAUCGCUUCAUACUUUGUCUGUUUUUGUGAUUGGCAAAAAUGCUACUUCCACUACAGAUCUAAAGAAAUCUAGACCUCUCAUGCCCAUUUUUGAGAAGUUGUUCCCGGUGUUUGUUGUCUUAUCCUGCGAUCGAGACGUUGUUAUCAAGGACUUGUUCAAGCCCCUCCUGUUACAAUGCAUUCAUUGGUUCACCAGGAAUUCAAAGGAAGAACAACCAGAAACCAUCUUGGUUUUAGAUGCCAUCAUGUACGGGUUGACUUGCGAAGGAAACGCGUUGGUCCGUAAAGAAUCGGCGAAAUACCUCAAUGAGUUCCUUAAAUGGUCCAUCAAACAAACUCCCAAACAAGAAAUGCUCAAGAAAAUUCACAACCCUAAAGCCCUUUUCCUCAGGCUUUACUCAUUUUGGCUACACCCAAAUCCCAUGAAAAGACAAGGUGCGUCCUUGGCUUUCAACCACCUGUACCGAACAUUUCGGGAGGAAAGUGUUUUAGCUCAAGAAUUUACCUUUGAAAUUGUCGUUCACGUUAUAAAAAGUUUGAUGCAAACCCGCGAAGACCUUUCGUCAUUGAGUGGGUCGACGACGGUUUUGGAAGUGGCAAGUUUGUCUUUGAAGCAUUUAGCCAGAAUCAUCAAAGAAAAACAUCGACAAUGGUCUACUGUUGGAUCAAGUUGUCGAAACGUUCCCAAAGAUUUGAAAAGCUCCAAUCUGGAAGCCUUAUUGGGCUGGCUAGCCUCCAUCGCUUUCCAUAUUAAUGAAGAUGCUCGACACAAAGCUAUUGAACUUAUUGAAACUUUGGCGGAGGGAAAGCUUCAAAAGUUGAAAUGCCUUCAGCAGGCUUUUGGACAAAAGAAUAUCGAAGAAGCUGUGGCACAACAUUUGGAUCAGGAAUUUGAAUUGAACGAUCUCUUGGAAAUGGAUAUGCGACAACUCAAACUUUGGCUGAGCCAGGCAGUGAGAUCUGUGGAAUGUUACUCAUGGCUAGUUCAUGUCAGUUUGAUUGACGAAUCGGCUGUUUUCUUGUCCAAGUCUCUUGAGCAGAGCAUCCAAAUGGCCCUCAAAGGAUUCGUCUAUUUGUUCAAGUUGAAGGCCAAGUUCCAUCUCACUGAUUACCAUGCGCUUGAAAAACGUCUCGGCGGUUUGGUGCUCCAAAUAUUUGCGUUUAUCCGCAAUUUUUCCAAGAAAAGUCAUAUCCAAACCCUUUGGACCAAUCAAAUGUGGCCCGCCAUUCUCAGAGCUACAUUGACGCCCUCUGAAAUGGGAUUUGAUGUGAAUAAAAAGAGCUUGUGCGAAUUGGAACAAACCUUGGAACGAUUGCUGCUCUUUGCCAAACGGCAAGGACUGCUCUUCUCAGGGGUGUUCUCGGAUAUUCCUGUUGAGCUCCUUCCUGAAAAUGUGAUCAAGACCUCUACCAAGGAAGCCCUUGAUUCAACGUGCAAACAUGCCUUAGCCGGCUAUCAACUCUUAGCUCAUACUGGUCAUGUGACAUUUUGGAGAGGGAAAUUGCCACCUUUGAUCCGUAGUUGCCUUGAAACGGAAGAGACGGCCCCUAAUGUUCAAGUCCUUGAUUUUUAUUUGGGCCUUGCCGUUUCAAAUGAGGUCGAGCUCAAUUCAUGUCUAGAGGCUCUUGAACCCCAAUUGAAAAAGCAUGGCGUGACAAGAGUUUGGAUCCGACAUGUCAACAAGAAGAUCAUGAGCCAAGCCUUCAAAAGAGUUGUGGAGGGGUAUAAUGGGGAUCAGUGCUUCCUUCUGACUUUGGUUUUAAAGCUUUGUCAAGAGAUGAACCGCCGAAUGUCGGUUGAUCCCAAAGAACCCAACCUAGGUGUUGUGCAGUGUGUUUUUGACCAUUGGUCGGUUUUAUCUGCUCAAUCCCAAUCCUCACAAAACCAAGAUGUAUUGCUCUCUUUAGUAUUCAUUUUCCGUCGACUCAUGUCUAUGAACGAGACAGAUUUGGGCAGGUCAUCCGCGUUCCAGAUUUUUGUCGCCAAGAACUUUUCUUCCAAAGUGCUUGACCUGAAAUCUAAAGCCCUUCUCUUGGAUUUCCUCUUCAUUUUCAUCGAUCAUGCCGAUUUCGAUCUGAGUCAAGCCUUGGACGAUUUUGCCAAUUCCAGUUUCCCCCUGUCCUCUCGCGAAUAUGAUAUCAAUUCUUUCGAGGGCCAGACAUACUUGGAGUGUAUCCAAAAGUUAGCCUCGAUUUUCAUCUCAACGGGAUCAACAAAAGUGCUCACUUUCUUGAUUGGCAUUGUGGUCCGUGAAGAAAGUCAUCGAGGAGCCAAUGAUAUUGAAAAUCAGAUCGCACUUAACCUGCAUCAAUUGGAGAGUAGAAAGCAAGAGAGCCUUCUUUUGGCGACCUUUGCUUACCUUCAAGAGGAUCAAAAGUACCCAUGUGCAGUGAGGCUUCGAGUUCUUGAGACAUUUUUGAUCCCCUUACUUUUAGGCAGUCGAGAUUUGGCGCUCGUUAAUUUCUGCGUUAAACGGAUACAAGAUUUCUUGGGGACUUUUUUCUUGCCCAUGUCUGGAACAGAGGAAAGAAGAAUCGACACAUUAGUUACAAAAAUCACCGUUUUCAAGAUCCUAGGAGCUGUUUAUGGGAAACUGUCCAUAGAAAAAGUGCAUUCAAGUUCUUCGGAAAUAGCUAAAGUAGCUUUGCCGUUUUUACAGAGCAGAAAACAGGUGAAAGAGGGUGCCACCAUGACCGGAAAGGAAAUGUCCAUCUUUCUGGUACGAAUGCUUCAGAGUGUCAAAUCCGAGGUUAUGGAUGGAUCUGAGGAACUGAAAGAGUAUUUCCGAAUCUAUCAUUGCAGUGCCUACAAUGCCAUGAUGUCUGUGAUCUCAUGCGUUCAAACUGAAGAGAAAUUCUUCAAAAACUACGUUUUCAAAGAAGCAGUGAGCAAAAGCGAGUUGAUUUGGAGUCGCAUUGUCGACCCGAAUAAGGUGUACCAUUUUCCGAUCGAAACCGACACCUUGCAACCCAUGAAAGCCAAACUUGUGGCCAUUCGAAAGAUCAAACGAUUGUCUGGUGCUGAGGAUCGGUCGCAAAAGUUCUUUGGCACAUCCUUGGAUAGCCAUUACUUGUCCGAUUCGUCCAUGAGUCAAGCUAUCACCAGUUACGAUUUUACUCAAAGCUCUGUGACUUUGAAUGCCCAAAACAAGCCCAAAACAAGCGCUCAAAACACUUCUAUGAGUCAAGAGGAGAAAUCCAAUUAUGUGACCCUCGAGAGCGAUGACAUGAAUGCCCAUGAGUGUAUGGCUCCUCUUGUGGGAACAAUCACUUACUUACUCGACAUUAAAACAAUCCCAGCGGAGAGAAGUGAUCUACCAGAGUGGCUGGAAUGCGUUAUCGAAGCCGCCAGUGACACCUCCCAAUCCAAGAACGCUAGAAUAUUCCUAUUGAAGCUUCUGUGGAAUUGCCGGGACAACUUGGAACCAUACCGAAAGACCCUAGGCCGGGUUUUGCUUCCUAGUUUGGCCAAGGAGACUAUUUGGAACAAUGACGAGAAGUUGAAUUCGGUUUGGCUGGAUUUGAUGAGCUUGGUGGCCCUUUGGGCUCCGGAAUUGGCCCCUAAGGAAAGUGAAAUGAACUUGAAAGCGUGUGCAGUCGUGUUAGUGGAUGUUUUGGCGAAAUUUGCUGUUGAAAACGAGAACCGAGAGGUGGUUAAACAUCUGCUGGAACUCAUGAAAACAUUGAUACAAAGUUGGCAUCACAUUUUGAGAGCUUGUUCAGAUGAGUUGUUCACUCAAUUUCAAAACCAUCCCAAGAAACGUGCUGUUGUGGUACAAAUCAUUGGGAUAUUCUUGAGCCAUGGAUUGAAUCCCAUUCAUAAUGACGCUUUGAUAGACUUCUCCAAAUUCUGGUCCACCGUUUUGUCCCAAUUGGAACAAGCGGGAAGGCCUCAGUUUGUACAGAUGUCACAAACUGUUGGACUUGGUCUGAAGUUUUACCGCGAGAGUGAGAAUGGAUCCCGGUUUUUUGCACUCGUUGAAGAUCGCUUAAAUUCGAUCUCUGCUGGAGGUUCCCAAGCUAAUGCGAGCAAAUUCCUAGUCUGUCUCUAUCAUUGUCAGACUUGGGUGCCAGAAAUCUGUCACAACUAUUAUCGGAAGUACAUUUAUUCUCUGUCCAAAAAGUUCGGCGAAGAGCUCAUUUAUGGAUUGGAGAUCGUUGCUGCUUGUGCCCCAGAUUUUGGGAAAUCGCCCAAAGACAUUCCGAAAGAGCUUAAUCUCAUCGGAAUAAAAAGUUUCUUGCAUCAUUUCGAUGGUCAAGUUCAGGGUCGAGCUCUCAAGAUCCUCACCAAGUUGUUGCCAUUUAUGGAGCCCGAACUAAUUCUUGAGUAUGUGGAGUUGUGCCAAAACUUUUCCAAUCAUGCACUAGAUGCGGUCCGGAAGUUGAGAUUAGACCUGGCUCAAGAAAGCUUUCUGCUAGCCAAAGUCAAUCCAGAGAAUGAUUUAUCUUGGACCAAAGUCCAUAAACUGGCCAUCCAAAUGAUUACCGAGGCUCUUAGCGAUUGGCAAGGAACGAUCGUGACCCAGGCAAUUGAAUUCUUGGACCUCAAGUCGGAUCUUUCCCCCGUCACUUGUGUCCGUUUGGCAACUCUCUUCCAGGAUUUCGUGACGGAAUCUAGUCAGCAAAACUUCCUCCCCAAUGCCACCAACCUCGUGUUCCUACUCUGUCAUCGAUCACCCGAGAUGGAUCGGAAGCUAUUUUCAGAUCCUCUGAGCGACCAAGUCCAUUUCCAAGAGCAAAUCAUUAACACAUCGUGGAGGUAUCAGACGCAGGAGAGCAAAAUCCCGAGAUUUGUGGAGACUCUCUCUCAAAGCCAAACGGCGGAAGGCUAUUACAUUCGAGCCACACAACAGACCAUGGAGUUCGAACAAACCCAGUUGGCUAAUUAUUCCCAAUCCAUUCCAUCUGAGCUGUCUGAAAAUGAAGGGAUACCAAAUUCCACGCGAGGACCGUCCAAUCGAUCAUCUAUUUCAAGCCUGCGUCCCAAGAGGUUCCAGACUUCUUCGCAAAACAACGAGUCGGAGUAUGAGCGGGCAAAAUCUCGCUUUGCUAGAAUCCAUUUCCGAUCGCAAGAAAAGGAAGUCAAAGACAAAAUGGAUGCUCGAGGUCAACGAUCCGCAGGUGUCACUCUCGUUCGCAAAUAUCGGACGGGAGAGCUCCCUGAUAUUCAAAUUUCGGCCGGAGACAUCAUCAAAGCCAUCAAUAAUUUAGCUAAACGAGAUGAGCAGAUGUCCAGAUAUAUUCUCUGUUCUGUGAUCAAGGCCAUUGUGGUAGCAGGAGCUCCAGACACUUUCACCCAUUCCUUAAAGAGUGCUCUAGUGGACAUUUUGAGUCACAUCCAAUUGGAAGAUCGAUUUCUCACUUCUGCCAUUCUGGAACUGGUGUCUACCUUGAACCCAAGUGAGAUUCCCAUUGCACAAGUAAGCCUCAUUGCCAGGUCACUUCAUCUCGAAAGCUUGGGUAUCCUCACUCUAGAAAACCAGUUGAACUUGCGCGAUCAUCACCCGCCAGCUAGGAAGAAGAAUCGCCAAAUGGAAGUCGCAUUUUCACAGGAUGACCUGAAUAUUUACGUCAAACUCAUGGAACUCUAUCGAAGUCUUGCCCAGGAGGAUUCUGUGCGGGGCAUUGGAGCCCAGUUCUUUUCUGAACAGAAACUUUUCUCUCAGGCAUUGGAUCACGAAUCCUUGCUUCAUUACGAACCUGCCUCUCAGAUCUAUGAUCAGUUGACGAAAGCCGAUCAAGAUUCGGAGGCAAUGAAGCAAGUCUAUCAAGAGUUCUACUUAGAAUCCCUGGAAAAGAUGUCGAAAUGGGAUGUGUUGGAGCAAGAGACAUUAAUGAUUGUUGAUGGCGAGCCCAAUCGUCUCUUAGAUUCAGAAUGGACUCAGUUGCGAGUUUUGCCCAAGUUUAUUGAAGCGAGUUUGUUUCAAAUCUCCGAAGCGAAAUCCAAACCUGAAUCUCUUUUCAAACUGAUGGAUAACAAAGCAAGUGCCAAAAAUCUUCGCGAACAAUUCGGCCUAGAUUUUGCAAUAGCUUAUUUGAUGAAGAAUCAGUUUGUUGAUGCGGAGAUGGUCGUGAAGCAAACUUUGGACAAGUAUCUCCAAGAAUGGGCCAAUAUGGACGGCUUCAGCGUCCCCCAGAUGAUUUUAAAUCUCCAUCGACUGAGAAAGCUCUCUCAAAUUGAGGAAUUGCUCCAUUCCAAAGCAAACCAGUCUACCUUCAAACCUCAUCAUCUGUCUGAUUUCGAUUCACUUCAACAUUUAGACAUUUUAAUCCGGGACAAGCGGGUGGCUAUGGGCGCCUUGCAUGUAAACGACAACUUGAACAAUAUUUUGGCCAAAGACUAUGAACAUGGGUGUCAAGAGGCUCUUGCACGCCAAAGCUGGAUCGAAGCUGUCCGAUUUUUGGCCCUUUGGCAAGGAAUCGACACCGACAAACUUGCUCAAUCCAGGAUUCAGGCCAUGAUUGGCAAAGUGACCGUGGCCAAAUGUCUGGGGGCCUCCUACAAGACUCUGGGCGAUCGAAUCAACGCUCUCUACCGAACUGGUCUAAUGGGAUUGGAAAAGUGGACCACCCAGCUCGAACGGGACGAGUAUGUGAUAGCCCGGACGGACAUGCUCAGGUCGUUGGAUCAACUCCUUUCGGAACUCCCUGCCAAGACGACACUGGACGAGGUUCAUGGUUUGCUAACGAAACAAGACAAAAUCGAUCAUUUCAAACAUCUUGUUAAGAACCCCAAGAACUUGCAAGAUUUUCGCCAACGACUCAUGAUGAGCAAUAUUGAAUCAUUUGAUUCUGUCACCGGGGAUAAUGUUAAUCGAAAUAUGGCCUUGGCCAGUAUGUGUCAUAAUCUUGUUAGCAGCUUUGGAGCCAGUGGACUCGGAACUGCGUUGACGUCCAUUCUCUUCCAAAGCCAUUUGAAGGCCAUGAGAAACGGGUCGGUCAAAGCAGCUCGACUGUUCCCUAAUCUUUUAGAGUAUCUGGAGAAAACCAUGAAAACUGAUUCAAAGGCGGGACAAGUGUUCCAUGACGAAGCCUAGCAAGUCCCCUCCUGGUGUUUUCUUAUGUGGUCGAACCAGUUGGUGUCAUUUCUGGGAACUACCAUUUCUGCCUUUGUCGAGCCCAUUAUUCUCAGGAUUGCUCGACAUUACCCACAAGCUGUUCAACAUGCCUUCCAAAUGUUCCAGAACAAUAGGAGAUUCGCUAAGAUUGAUUCGUUGUUAUAUCCCGGGCCAGUUCAAGCCCAAAUUCUGGAAGGUCUUUCCCAUUUAUGCAUUCCAUAUUUACCUCUCUUGGAUUCAAUUUCGUCCUCGAAAAACCAAAGCCCAAGUGGAAAGCCGGCCAUCGUGAAUGAGGUGAAAAGCUUUUUGACACGAAUCAAGACUGAUAAGGUCAUGUAUGGCCGCUUGUACCAGAAAAUGCAGAACGAAUCGCAAGAUGUGCUAAAAGAUUUAGAGAAAGCCACCCAACCCAGAGCGGUAGCCGAAAAGGUCCGUGAGAAAAUGCGGCGUCUUCCAUCUUCCAAACUCCUGGAAGAUUACGUCCCAUUCCUUCAAUCCUAUCACAUGUGCGACCAUGUGGAGCAAGUGGAGCUCCCGGGACAAUAUCAGAAAUUCCAAAAACCCAAUCUCGAAGACAUCGUGAGAAUAUGCUAUUUUGAGAAAACAGUGCAACCCUUCUCAUCUCUGAGAAAGCCCAUCAAAUUCACAAUUGUCGGGGACAAUGGGAAAAAAUACGACUUCAUCGCCAAAUGUGGUGAAGAUUUGCGACAGGACGAAAGGAUUGAACAACUCUUCAAAUUGUGCAACGACAUCUUCCAAAGUAGCCAACUUCAUAUCCGAACUUAUAGCGUACUUCCUUUGUCUACAAGUUGUGGUCUGAUCGAGUGUGUGCCCAAUAUUUCACCUUACAAAGCACUGGCUCAAAAGAAUAAUCCACUUGGAAUUGGAUGCGCCAAACCGGAGGAUUUCAAGAAGGUGAUCAAGAUGUCGGCAAAGGCCAGAAGAGAUGCAUUUUUGACGGGGACCCAAGCUUUGGAUCAUACCAUAUUUUCUAAUAGUCUCCAAGAUCUGAGUAUUUCCCCCGAGGGAUUCUUCUUCAUGCGUGAUAAUUUCAUUCGCACUCAUGCCACGCACUCGGUCAUUGGAUGGUUACUCAGUAUUGGUGAUCGUCAUGCGGACAAUUUGUUGAUCUCAAGAAUAACCGGCGAGAGUAUACCCAUUGAUUUUGGCUACGCCUUUGGUGUGACCGCUCAUUUGCCCAUUAUUGAGCUGGUCCCGUUCCGAUUGACGCCCCAAAUGCAAGAAUUGAUAAAGCCAUUCGAGCGCCAAGGCCCAAUUCGCGAAGUGAUGAUUCGGGCCCUUCAAUUAGUCAAGGACAAUUCUGAGGCCUUCAUCUCGGCUUUACGAGUAUUCUCUCGUGAACCCACUCUCGAUUGGGUCGAAAGUGCAGCGCGCGAGGCCCAAUUUUCAAGUGGGUCAUCGAGUGGAAAAGACGACUCGAUUCAGUUUUAUCCAGAGAGAAAAGUCGAGAUUGUGGAACGUAAAUUGGCCGGUGAUCAUCCGAGCCUAGUGGCCACUGACGAAGUUAGCCACGGUCGUUAUCGUGACAAAGCGCAAAUUGAGUGUAUGAGAAAUGUGCUUUUAGGCGAAGCAGAUUCUAAAAGAAAUAGUCUCGCCUCAUCUCGUGUACUUAGCACGGAAGAACAAGUGGAUUGUCUCCUGGAAGCGGCCACCGAUCCCAGUAUUCUAAGGUGUGCUUUUGUUGGUUGGGCGCCGUACAUUUGAACGUAACAUCUGGAUUCAAACUCGACAAAGUGCCUUUAAAAAGUGAAAACUUGUAUCUCUUACUUACACCUCACGUUUUUAUUUUUAGAUCUCAUAUUACGACCAAAUUCAAAAAUGUUCAUGCAAAAUAAAGAUAAUAAUGAUAA